CAAAAAACCCUAACUCAAACACUCAGUUCUAAAACCCCAAAAAAUCUUGUGCUAUUCUGCAACCACCACCACCAGCAGCAGCAGCACCGCAAACAGCUGACAGGAGGCUUGCAGUAUUACCAUAAAAUGAAAAUAACAAGGAAAUAAGUCUCCAAUACAUAGAAAAAAGUCCCAAAAAUGAAGGCUUUGAGGGCAGUGACAAGUCUUUCUUCGCUUUAUCUUCCCCAAGCCCACACUUUCUAUCACCAUCAUCAUCAUCAUCUUCUAUUUGUUCGUUUAUUUUCAGUCCAACCCCAGCAACGCCAAAAUGACCCCGACGACUCCCACCACCCUGACCCCAAUAACAGCUCUGAAUCUGUCUUUGACAGUGCCCAAUUCUCUAUCCCCGAUACCUCCAGCAGCAGUACCCCUCAACAACCCACCUGGGAUGUCAACCACAGACAACGAGUUGAACGGAUGUUCUUCAACAACGAUUUCCACCAGGACAAGUUUAAAGAGGAAGAGGAGAGGAGAAGCAGGAUUCUUGCAAGGGCCUUGCUUGAGGCAGCCUUGGAGGGCCCUGACGAGGACGCCGACCAUGACCAAGAGGUCAAGGAAGAGGACCAGAAGUCUCUCUCCGUUGGGAUAAUUGGCGCCCCCAAUGCCGGAAAGUCAGCCCUUACUAAUUUUAUGGUUGGGACCAAGGUUGCUGCCGUGUCACGGAAGACGAACACAACCACUCAUGAAGUGUUGGGGGUCAUGACUAGAGGCGAUACCCAAAUUUGCUUUUUUGAUACCCCUGGAUUGAUGUUUAAUGGCCGUGGAUAUCUUUACAAAGAUAUGAAGGUUCGCGUCGAGAGUGCCUGGAGUUCAGUUAAUCUAUAUGAUGUGCUCAUGGUUAUUUUUGAUGUCCAUAGACAUCUUACAAGGCCGGAUUCAAGGGUGAUAAGAUUAAUCAAACAUAUGGGAGCAGAAGCAAAUCCUAAACAAAUGCGGAUUUUAUGUAUGAAUAAGGUUGAUUUGGUUGAAAAGAAGAAGGACUUGUUGAAAGUUACUGAGCAGUUCAAAGAUCUUCCUGGCUAUGAAAGGGUUUUCAUGAUCUCAGGAUUGAAGGGCUCUGGAGUAGAAGAUCUUACUAAAUAUCUUAUGGAAAAGGCAGUUAAAAGGCCUUGGGAUGAAGACCCUGUCUCAAUGAGUGAAGAAGUAAUGAAAAAUAUUUCAUUGGAAGUUGUCCGCGAAAGGUUAUUAGAUCAUGUGCAUCAGGAAAUCCCAUAUGGUAUUGAACACCGUUUGGUAGACUGGAAGGAGUUACGGGAUGGCUCUCUGAGGAUUGAGCAGCACUUGAUUACUAACAAACUAAGCCAGCGAAAGAUUCUUGUGGGGAAGAAUGGUUCUAAAAUAGGGAGAAUUGGGAUUGAAGCCAAUGAGGAGCUAAGAUCUAUCUUCAAAAGGGAUGUGCAUCUCAUUCUUCAGGUUAGACUUAAAGCAUAAGUUGCAUGAAAAUCUAGUCAUAUGUCUAGGACUGCACACUUCCUGCAAUACCAUCUGAUGAGCAUUAUAAAGAGGGUAGCCAAUGUACUUGUAGCAUCGUUUCCCUAGGGUCUUAUCUCUAUAAGGCCAAAAUGAAGUCAGCUCUAAGUGGCCAAAAUGAAGUCAGCUCUAAGUGGCUAGAGAUGAUUUUUUUUUAUUGGGAGGAACAAGUGGGGUAACACAAUUAUCAAAAGAUCCCACUUUUGCGAGUAAAACCCCCAUUGUUUUGUCCUUCAAUGUGCCAUUUGUGCUAAAUUUUUGUGUGAAAUACUUUUAAUUUGAAUUUCCUCUCUCGUGGUCCUUUUAAGUGUUGUAUUUAUGUCCCAUUACAUGAAAGCUAAGAUGUGGCUUAUUCGGUUAUUCAUUUGAAACUAACUUGUUGUUAGAAGAUUUUUCCUUAUUU